UUGGUUCCAUUCCCUCCCCUUUUUUCAUCGCCCGCAUAAAAAUUCAACAGCACCAUGCUUUUCAGAAUGAGUUUGUCAGAUAGAAUCAGAGCCCGAGUAAUUCAGAGCCACAGUUAUUCAGAGCUCGAGUUACCGCCUUUCCCUCUUGGGAAAAUAACCAUUCCUACUGCUAGUUGACGUACGCGAGCCAUCCCUUCUGAUAGCAAUCCCCUAGCAGCAACAACUCGUCUUUGAUUUUUCCGUCUUUCCGUAUGAUGCGAUGGAGCGCCGCGCAUCAAUUCUCGUCUGCAUCUUGCUUUGUGCGACGCUCUUUAAGUUCACUGCCUGCGGUGCGUCUCCUGCAUCAUUCCUCGCACCUUUUCUCCUACGCGUUGACGGUGGCGCAUCUGCCGCCGCUUCUGCCGCUCAGGCCAGGCCUCUGGCUUGGAACGGGAAGACAGUGCCGUGUUCCCUCAUAAUCCCCUUUUAGUGAAAUACGUUGUCAAGUUGCGGCCUACCAAGCGCAAUGGAAAGGUCGUUGGCGACAAAGGUGCAUCGGGGUCAUUAGUCCUGAAGCUGGUGAGGUACUCUUCAACGUCCUUCGCUGAGGUCUCCCGGUUUCGGAUCCUGAACGUUAAAUCUGGGUCAGAGCCCCUCAUUGGUACGGCGCGCACCUGCCUGACCGCCACCCCUGCUGCGUUUACAUCUCCCUUUGUGAACGCCACGAGCGACAAGGGUGCACGGCGCAAGCGCUACAGCUUCUUCUACGACUCGUCGGCUGGAGGAAUGCCGUCUGAGGCGAACGGGCGAACCGAUAUUGAGCACUUUCUUGGGCUGGACGCUGGGGACAGAUACGUGGUUGUGGGGCAUCCGGAUAACAUGUUGGCACUGUGUGGGAAGUCGGUCAGAAAAGUGAAUGUGAAGUCAUAGGUGCGUCAGUUGGUACGGCGGGCUCCUGCUCGGCCGCCACCCCCGCUGCAUUUGCAGCUCGCUUUGUGAACACCAUGAGUGACAAGGGCGCCCGGCGCAAGCGCUACUGCUGCUGCUACUCGUCGUCGAGGGGCAUGCUGUCUCAGGCGAACGGCCGCACCAAGAUGAGCACUUCCUUCGUUGGUAUGACGCUGGGGACUGAGGCAGCGUUGUGGGCGUUCCGAGUAACCUGUUUGCCCAUUGUGGGAAGUCGAUAAGAACAAUUAAUGUGAGAGAGGUAGCCGCUGUGUAUGUCGCUUGGUGGGAGGUGUCAAACAUAUCUUUGUAUGUUGUUAUAGACUCUACAGGGUUGUGCCUUAAGGAGUACAACCCACUAGGUUAUAUUCCCUUGUAUGUCAUCGUUGUUGGAAAUAUCUCGAGGACUUGAG